GACACAGGGAUAGUGGGCGGAGCUCCGGGAUGAGGAACUCCGGGGAGGGGACGCAACAAGUCACUGCACCGCACAUCAUGGACAGGACCCGGGGACUCCACCAUAGGAAUGUGUUAUCGCCUCCUCAUGUGACUCCAUUGGGAUCCAGCGGGACUGUUACUAUAAGGAAUCUCCGUUACCGCAUCUAGUUACAGGACAAGGCUAUAAUUAGGAUCGUCCAUAGCGGCAGCUCUCCUCAUCACCUGCCUGUACACACAGAACAUCCCCCUCUAUCGGUGUGGGACAUGUCCAGGUAGCAGAACUCCAUUGGAACGGACUGUACCAUAGUGACAAAGAGGGGGGUGGAGGUAAAGUAACUUCACGCAGUCCAGAGCAGCGCCGGUCGUUACAGCGUGCCCCGGUGCCCGCGGCUGAUGGGCUCGGCACAUGACCUCUCCCAGCUCCGGAGCUUGUUCGCCGCUUGUGAUGUGAACGGCUCCGGGCUGGUGGAGCUGGAGGACUUCGCUACAGUAUGUACGGACCUCGGGCUCCAGCCCCAACUGGUGCGCCCCCUGUUCCGGAGACUGGAUGUGGAUGGCGACGGCUUAAUAGACUUCCAGGACUUCUGCGCCAGGUUCGAGGAGGUCUCCGAAGCCCUCAACUUGUCCGCGUACCAGCAGCCUGAGCCGCCCCCUGCCUGGGAGGAGCUGGAGGGGAGGCUGGGGGGAGAGACGCGGCACCUGACCAGUGAGACAAGAGAGCAGCUAUGGAGCCUACACCAGGAAAUCCAUGGGGUGUCUGUACCCGGCCUCCUAGAACAGUAUGAAAAACUGAUCGAAAACAUUUCCUUUGACUUGCGUGCGCAACGGCUAAAUGUUGAAAAACUGGAGUCCAUUUUAAAAAGAACUGAGGAGACAACAGCCUUACAGAUGGUGGAGUUGGAAGAAGAUUUGCAGCAUCAUUUAGUAAAAGUAGAACAUCAAAUACGUGAAGAGGAGCAACAGAGACUUGAAGCUACGGUUCAAGAGAUGCAAAGAAGACACAAGACUGAAAUAUCAGAGCUACAAGCAAGGGUUGCCAGGAUGGCAAAGCACAAAGAUGAAGAAAAAGCUCAAGAAACCAGAGAAGAGAGUGCUAGGCUUAAGAAUCAAAUCUAUGAACUUUCCCAGGAAAAUUCAGACUUGAAACUGACCCUACUUGAGACACAGACAAACAUUUCACUACUCCAGACUGAUUUGGACAGACUGAAAAAUGACUUUGCUGAUCAACAGGCACAGCAUGAAAGAGAAAAAUUACUGCUGAAAGACAUGAUAGAUGAGAGCACAGGAUACAGCAACCAAAUCCAGUUACUAAAUGAGGCCAACAAGUCUCUGUAUGACAGUAAUGACAGUAUGCGGUAUGCUUUAACAAACAUUGAAAAUGAAAAAAAGAGGCAUUCCUCCCCUAAUCCUCCAAAGGAUGCACCAGUCAUUACUUAUAGCAGUUUUACAGCGGAGGAUGAUCCAUAUAGCAAGUAUUCUGAUGUAUCCAGCUGGGCCAAUAGAUGUAAAGACAGUGGUGUGUCCCUACCCCGAAGUCUUGCCUGCAGUGACAUAGAUUGCUCUGCCAGUGACUUUGGCAGCGAACACAGCAACAGUUCUGAUGAGCCCUGGGAAGGGAGCGUCUCUUAUGUCAAUUCAGAAACUGAGACAAUGGAGGCUAGAUCAGAAGUUGAUGGACGGAUUAAAUGGACCCCCUCACGUCCUGUAAGCCGCAGUGGUUCCACAGCCUCUUCAAAAAGGCGACUUCCUGCAUUUACUCCAAAAAAGGAAGGAUUGACGGUAGAAGAAGGAUCUCAGACUCCCAGUCCAAUAUAUAGGCUUGUAUUGGCUGGAGAUGCAGGAUCUGGAAAAUCCAGUUUCAUACUAAGACUGUGUUUAAAUGAAUUUAGAGGGGACAUUCCAACAACCUUAGGGGUGGACUUUCAAAUGAAGAAACUUCUAGUUGACGGAGAUUAUACAACCCUGCAGAUCUGGGACACAGCUGGGCAAGAAAGGUUUCGCAGUAUAGCAAAGUCUUAUUUCCGUAAAGCACACGGGGUGCUACUUAUGUAUGAUGUCACAUCUGAAUCCAGCUUCCUCAAUGUAAGGCAAUGGAUUGAUGAGAUCAAGGACUCCUGUGACAAACCCAUCCCCCUGAUGCUAAUAGGCAAUAAAACAGACUUGAGGACAGAAGGUAAUGAAUCUGGAAUUCAAACUUCAAUAGGGGAGAAGCUAGCCAUGGCCUAUAGCUCUCUCUUCUGUGAGACCAGCGCAAAGGACGGUACCAAUGUAGUGGAAGCUGUGCUUCAUUUAGCAAGAGAAGUGAAGAAAUCUGUGGAUGUGACAAAAGAAAGUCCAGAGUCUGUGACUAAACUCAGUAUUCCUGAGAAGAAGACUAACUGCUGCAAGAUAUAGCUGCAUGGGAUCCACAGCCAUGGAAGAUGCUUCAUGUUGCUUACUGGGAUGGUAAAAAUGUCUGUCCCAAUAAGGAAACAAAGGACAUUUUUUAAGAUUGAACAAACAUUGGGUAUUAAUUUCUAGCACAUAGUUCUGAAUGAGCUCUCAGGGGAACAAAUACUUUAUAUUGUUAUUAAUAAGGAAUUUUGUUUCUAUUUCGUUUGGAUGUAUUUUUAUGACUUCACUGCCUGUAAAUAUAUGUGUAAAAAUGUUGAGACUGAUAUUUUAAUGCACAAGUGAAUUUUCAGCUGACAACAAAAAUAGUUUUCAAGGUGGCGUUAUUUUAGUAGGAAACUUGUUCUGUAACUUUUUAAAGUGCUGCUGUGAUACAAGAAUAAACAGCAGAGACGUGCUCCUCUAUGAGGUCUUUUAUGUUUAUCUUACUGCAAGUUUAUGUUGCAUUGGUUGCUGCAGCUUAUAACUCCUGACUGGAUACUUUCAAUUUGAUGGCAACAUCUUUGGACUACAGGAUCUGAUAGAACUGCAGUAUAUGGGGAUAUAUAUCUUGAUAUAAAUGUAUAAUUUUUAUGGUAAAUAAAACAUGUA